AUGAACACACUCAUGCUAACUACAGGCGACGAACAGCCCAUGGAUGGGAACAUGUCAUUCUCUUCAUACAAUAUGAUGGAUUCUGGGGGAGCGGGUAUAGAAUCGCCACCUACCUACCACAGGAGCUACGAACAAUACGUCCAGGGGGCUGUAGAGACUAGUACAGACUCAGGCCAAGACCAGACCAGUCCAGAGCUAGUAGUCUGGUCUACGUUACCGUACGGUCUAGACUAUAGAGCGCAAUACGACUACAGAAGUCCAUAUGACACAUCAAGGGAUUACUCCUCACAGCAAUACGCUAGAGCGCCCUUUACUACAAAGAUGGGUCAGGCCAAAGCCUUGAAGGAAGCCAGGAUACGAAGACCCAUGAACGCCUUCAUGGUGUGGGCGAAGGUGGAGCGGAAGAAACUGGCUGAUGAAAACCCGGAUCUUCAUAAUGCUGAUUUAAGUAAAAUGCUAGGUAAAAAAUGGCGUUCAUUGACCCCACAAGACCGGCGGCCGUUCGUGGAGGAAGCGGAGCGGCUUCGGGUCAUUCAUAUGACGGAACAUCCCAACUACAAGUACCGGCCGCGCAGACGGAAACAGAACAAGGCGAGGCCCAACCAGCCCUCCACGCCGUCUAGCGCUCCGCCCCCGGCCUCCGCCACGCUCGGCUCUCCGUACGCCACAGCCACAGAUUCACCUGACACACGUUUUAGCCACAAUCCUGGAGCUGGCUUCUCUCCUUACCGCACCUCUCCACUCGCGUCUGACUACCAGACCAGUCAGUUCAACGGCCAUGUUCAAACACCGGAAUCCUCGCCCGCGAGGUCGCCUGAACCCCAAGGCAGGAGGAGCGCCCCCGCUGAAGCACCACUCCCCACUCCCGAUGCUUCUCCGGUUGAAAAUGAAAAGGAGAAUUUCCAGUAUGAGGACAGACGAAGAGCGAUCAACGCUUCAUCUAUGAACGAUUCGUAUUCAUACAAAACAUUCAGAAACCCAGGGUCGUACUCCCCGGCGCCGGUCGCCGCUAUGGGCAUGGCUAAUGGGAUGUACGUGAUGUGUAGGACUUUGGCUGAACAGCCGCCGCUCGUCACGGGAACAUUCUUCCCGCCGGUCGCGACAUCCCAAGACCAGCAGGCGCUUGGUUCAACCGCGCCAAGAGUCUCAUCAGCGCCAAGCGGACCUCUCAACACCGAAUACAACAUCCAGUACCACCCAUACGAUCAUUACGAACAGAUGUACAAAACUGAAGACUCAUACGUCACACACUAUCCUGAACAACCGAAAACCGAGUACGAGGAAUACAACCCGGGUAAUCAAUACUUCGCAGAGGAACCACCGAACCAACCUCAAGAAACCGAAAUAAUCAACCAACGACCAGAAAUAAGAACUGGUUCACCAGAAUCAGAUGUAGAUGCUAGAGAAUUUGAUAAAUAUUUGGACUAUGGAGCAGAAGGAGCGAUGGAGCAAUACAGAUACGAACAGCAACAACAGCAAUACAGGCAGCAGUACUGCGAACAGACUCAAAAUACAGAGUACUGUUCUGAUAGAAUGUACCCUUCACCAUAUGCUUCUGUCAUCUCCGGGGCUCCACCGGCAGCGAAUUACUCCACACCUCCAGGAACAGAGCUGACCCCACGACCUGAUGAUGAGUUCAGCGUCAUACUAGCCGGCGUCAGACAGACAUGUUACAGCAAUUGA